CAAGCUCAGGGUAACCCAUUCCAUACCCUACAUAAACAGUAGCUACAGGGACAGUUGAAUCACGCGUUCCCCUGCUUUUGCUCUGUUUCUAUCUCUCUGUGCGCAUCUCAGUGAGUGGGAGGGAGACAAGAUGCCGGAAUACUGCGUGACCGGAGGAACAGGGUUCAUUGCGGCGUAUCUGGUGAAGUCCCUUCUCGAGAAUGGACACACUGUUCGGACUACGGUCAGGGACCCUGGGGAUGAUGGCAAGGUAGGGUUUCUGAAGGAGUUGAAGGGAGCGAAAGAGAGGCUGAGGAUAAUGAAAGCGGAUCUGACGGUGGAAGGAAGCUUCGACGCGGCCGUUCAUGGUGUCGAUGGCGUCUUUCACACCGCCUCCCCUGUUCUCGUCCCUUAUGAUGACAACGUCCGGGCAAAUUUAAUUGAUCCAUGUAUAAACGGCACCUUGAACGUGCUCAAAUCCUGUUCGAGAGCGAGUAGCGUGAAGAGGGUCGUUCUCACUUCUUCCUGCUCCACGAUAAGAUACCAUGACGACGUUCAGCAGGUUUCAUCCCUCAACGAAUCGCACUGGAGCGAUACCGAGUACUGUAAACGCCACAAUCUGUGGUAUGCAUAUGCGAAAACCAUUGCAGAGAAGGAAGCGUGGAAAUUGGCAGAACAAUAUGGGAUCGAUCUAGUGGUGGUGAACCCGUCUGUAGUUGUCGGACCAUUGCUCACUCCGCAGCCGACGAGUACAUUGCUUUGGAUACUUGCCAUUGUCAAAGGUUCACGAGGCGAGUACCCCGACAUGACGGUCGGGUUCGUGCACAUUGAUGACGUGGUUGCUGCGCACAGUUUGGCCAUGGAGGAAAAGAGAGCCUCAGGCAGGCUCAUAUGUUCAAGCUCGGUGGCUCACUGGUCUCAAAUCAUUGAGAUGCUCAGGGCCAGGUAUCCGCAAUACCCAUUCGAGAACAAGUGCGGCAGCCAGAGCGGAAAUAACAAUCCACACAUCAUGGACAGUGGCAAGAUAAUGGAGCUGGGGCUUCCUCCAUUGAAAUCUCUUGAGCAGAUGUUUGAUGACUGCAUCAAGAGCUUCCAAGACAGAGGCUAUCUGUGAAGGCAAUCCCCUGUUCCGGAAGCAGAGGUCAAAUAAUCUGAAACUCAGCUAUCUUGGUCAUCAUGAAUGAUGAUGAUAAUGGGUUCGGUGAAAGUUUCUGUGGAAGGCUAAAUAAUGGAAGACAUUUACAAUCCUAAUUUCGUUCUUUUUAUGGUUUAUGAAUGUUGCUUCUCCCCUCCCUGCUAAUAAAAUCAAACCCAUGUUUGGGAGCUCA